AUGUCGGGCAACAUCAGAGUUGUAGUCCGAUGUAGACCUCUAAAUAGCAGAGAAGUCUCAAGGGGUGCCAAAGGACUUAUACGCAUGGAAGGUAAUCACACAUACCUCGAUCCUCCUCCUCCUGGUGCUUUAGCGGUUGGCGAGAAAUCCACUGCGAAGAAGACGAUGAAUUUCACCUUUGAUAAGUCAUAUUGGUCUGCAGGUCCCAAAGACGAGCCCACGUACGCGUCUCAGCAGACACUAUACGACGAUCUCGGUGAUGAACUCCUUGAACACGCUUUCCAGGGCUUCAAUUGUUGUAUCUUUGCGUACGGCCAAACUGGCUCCGGUAAGUCUUACUCUAUGAUGGGCUAUGGAGAAGACAAAGGUAUUAUACCCCUCACUUGUGAAUCCCUAUUCACGCGGAUCGCUUCAAAUCGCAACCCAAAUCUCGGUUUCACUGUUGAAUGCUCUUAUAUGGAAAUUUACAAUGAAAAAGUCAAAGACCUCCUCAAUCCACGCAAUAUGAACAAUCUUAAGGUUAGAGAGCAUCCUAAUCUUGGCCCUUACGUCGAAGACUUGAGCAAACUCGCUGUAAAUUCUUAUGACGAAAUGAUGAAUAUGAUGGAUGAAGGUAACAAGGCACGUACAGUUGCUGCUACUCAAAUGAAUGCAACUUCUUCACGUUCACAUGGUGUUUUCACUCUCAUUCUCACUCAAAAGCGCAUGGACGUUGAUACAGGUAUGGAAGGUGAGAAGGUCAGUCGUAUCUCUUUGGUCGACUUGGCUGGCUCAGAGCGAGCAAAUUCAACUGGUGCAACUGGUCAACGUCUUAAAGAAGGUGCAAACAUCAACAAAUCUCUGACUACGCUUGGUAAGGUCAUUGCAGCACUUGCACAAGCCUCUGGUACACCAGAUAACCUUGUCAAGGGAAAGAAGAAGCGUCCCGAAGACUUUGUACCCUAUCGUGACUCUGUCCUCACCUGGUUGCUCAAAGACAACCUCGGUGGUAACUCAAAGACUGCUAUGAUUGCCGCAAUAUCGCCUGCAGAUUAUGAAGAGACUCUCAGUACACUUCGUUACGCCGAUCAAGCUAAAAAAAUUAAAAACAAGGCUAUUGUUAAUGAAGAUCCAAACGCUAAGCUCAUUCGUGAACUUAAAGAAGAACUCGACGCCUUGCGUGUGAGAGCUGCUGGCGCUUCUCAAGAAUCAACCUUCGAUCCAUCUGUUCCUCCAGAAAAGCAAAUGGUCCAGUACAAGAGUCAUACAGGUGAGAUUAAAGAGGUCUCUAAAGCCAACUUGCAAGAUCAAAUGGAGCAGUCUGAAAAGCUUAUGAGCUCUCUCAACGAAACUUGGGAGGAGAAGCUCCAAAAGACUCAAGAGAUCCAAGUUGAAAGAGAAAAAGCACUCGAAGAUCUCGGUAUCACUGUUGACAAAAAGGGUGUUGGUGUGAGUACACCAAAGAAGAUGCCUCAUCUUGUCAACCUCAAUGAAGACCCCCUCAUGAGUGAGUGUUUAAUUUAUCAAAUCAGACCAGGUCAAAUGCUCGUCGGUAACAUGGAAUCAGAGAAAGCGUGCGAGAUUAAGCUUUCUGGUCACACAAUCCUAGACGAACACUGUGUUUUCAUUAACGAGGGAGGAAGCGUUCAUAUAUCACCUCUCCCUGAAGCCAUGGUUAUGGUCAAUGGCAACAAACUUGAAGCUGGUGUACCACAUAAGCUUUUUUCAGGAUACCGCAUCAUAUUAGGAGAGUACCACGUAUUCAGAUUCAAUCAUCCAGAAGAUGUUAGAAAAGCUCGUGAGACAAGAGCAUCAAGGAUGAACCUUAGCAUGACAGCUGCUGAGUUAGAAGCGCUUUCUGCACCGGAUGACUCACAUAAUAUGAGGUCAGGAUCACCAUCUGAAAGUUUCGCGCACACCUUCGAUUGGGAGUCAGCAAGGAAAGAGGCUAUUGAAAAAUCAGGUGUUAACUUUGACGAUUACAAUGACGAAGAUUUGGACAAAAUAUACGAGGAUCUGAUAAAAAUUCGUACCGUUCGAAAAGCCCGCCCGGAAUCGAGAAUGAGUAUGUUAGAUGGUGAUAGUGAAUUUGGAGACUCAAGCAACGGUCGCUUAUUGUCUGGCGAAACUAUCACUGAUGAUACCAGUAUCGACCCAUCAAAUGCUCUUGAUUCGGAUGUCAAUAGCAAGGUCGAAAAUAUACCAAAACAAGAUGUAGACAUUAUCAAAGCUCAGAAUGACAAAAUGGCUCAAAGGCUUCAACUAUACCAGAAGCAAAUGACUAUGAUGGUUCGCAAGCACAAGGAAUACAAACGCCGCAACUCUAACGAAAGCUUUGAGCCAGCUUUGUUCAGUGAUGAAGAGGUUGAGCAUAUAAAUAACGUUUUGGCAAAAUGGAAGCGGUUAAGAAGAGUGGCUAUGGCUGAAGCUGCCCUCACUAACGCUGUAUUUGUGAAAGAAGCUAAUGUAAUGAGCAACGAGCUUAUGACUGGUGUUUCAUAUAAUUUGACGGUGGAUGCUGGGGGAGCCCUAUCCUUUCCACAAUCAGCACUAGAAACCAUUGCUGGACUUGGGGAAUUCGGUGAAGUUUCUAGCAAAUCUACAUCCACCACAAACGCAUUCAAGCCUGUCAUUGCCGUUAAAGUGAUUGACAGAAAGAACAAUAGCGUUUAUUUGUGGUCGCUGGAGAGACUUCAUCAGCAGCUUCAGAGAAUGCGAAAUGUUACUCUCUUUAUCGACAGACCGAACGUCAGUCAGCACUUUGCAACACUUGAGCCCUUCUACUCUCAAGACCCACCAGAGUAUUCAUUUAUUGGAUCUGCACUUUUAUCGCUUUCGCCAAUAUUGAGGCAGAAAUCCAUUUCAUACCAACUUCCAAUAUUCUGCAGAUACACCACAGAAGCGCUUGGUUCAUGUAAGGUUGAAUUGAGAAUAGCAUCGGUUAUACCACCUGCAAAUAGUAGUCCAAAUGAUACUGUCAGUAGUGGCACUCUCACUCCACGCUCUUCAACAUCCGCAACGCUAUCACAGGCACCAGGAAUGAUUAAAUCACCAAGCAUCAAUCAAAUCAUAGAUACACAUAUUCCAAUCGGAUCAAAGAUAAGCCUCGCAAUCAUGGUUGACCAUGUUCGUGGACUUACCUCCAAAGACUUUGGCAGCAUACACUGUCAAAUCCGCCUGACAUCGUUUGCCGGCCCAAAUGCUGACAUUGAGGAUGUUUUCUCUUCUGCUGUUGCCGAUCUUGGUGAUGGCGAUUCGACUGACCUCAAGUUGCGCAAAACGAUCUCUUUCACUGUCACUGAAGAUGUGGCUCGGUAUUUGUGCAACGACUAUGCACCAAUAGAAUUCUUUGCAGCAGUUAAACCCUCGUUUAUGGAUGGUCUGCAAAAUUCAGACAUCUCGAGAGAGCAAGCUAGACUGUCCCCAAAAGUUGGAAGACAUUCUAAGAAUAUGUCAAUGUCAUCAUCUGGUCGCAAAUCAGAAGUUGAGUUGCUUCAUGAAGAAAAGCACGACAUCUCAACUUGGCUGCAAGUCCAGGAGUUGGAUGCAAGCGGGGAAUACAAACCAGUUCAAGUCUCUUCAAACGGAUCACUUGAUCCUGGUAGCUUCAGUUUGAGACAGGGUCUUCAAAGAAGAAUUGUGCUCACUAUGAGUCAUCAGUCUGGUCGGCAAUUGCGUUGGAGGCGUGUGAACAAGCUUUCUUUGGGUGAUAUUCGCCUCCUUGAUUCUAAAGGUCGUUUGCAUGAAAGCUCUUCCAGUGGUGACAUAGAUAUACCACUUCCCAAGCACCAAGAACCACGAUACAAUGCCGAUGGGUCAUCUCAUCUUACAGUCACUUGUGGAUGGGAUUCUGGUAGGCAUGACGCCUUAUACCUCAAUAGAGUUACUGGAAGUGGUCAUCGUGUUUUAAUGAGACUGAAAUGGAGAGUCGAUAUUGAGAAUUGCGAAGAGAGUGCAUCAUUUGCGAUGGAUGUGGCAGUCAACAUUUACGGCAGAGACAGCAGCGGGCCAUCAAAACUCAUGUCAUUCUUAUCUUCAACUAAGUUACUCCAUAAAACCAGCUCGCUAUUCACCUUGAAAAUGAGUCCACACCCAUCACGAUCGGCCAAGGCGUUGUGGAGAACAGAUACCAAUGGCAGAUACAUCAGAGGAGAAGAGAAUCUCGGCGGCUGGAAAGUUAGGGGGAUAUCCCUAGUAGAAGAUUUCGAUGCUUUGAAGAAGCGCGAGAAAUUGAUUGCAGACGUUCAAGCUACAAAAUCAGUGAUGAACGCCAUAGGAAAUUCAAAAACAAUCAAGAGGACGAAUACAGAAGAUGCUGAUAAGCUUGCGAAGAAGGUAGUGCAAUGUUGGGAAGAAACAGCAAGAGGACCAACUAUCGUCUCAGUGAGCGAUCCAAUCGGUCUAGAGAAUGAAAAUGAACCAUUGACACCGCUGGAUCUUGGAUAUACACCAACAGUCACAUUGCAACCGCGAUCAGAUUCAAGAUCAAAAGCUGGAUAUAUGUUGCAUCUUACAGAUGCACAUAAUGACAGCUGGUCUAGACGAUUCUUCGUUUUGAAGAGACCUUGGUUGUACAUCUAUACAUCAUCGAAUGAGUUGGAUGAGGUUGGUGUAGUCAAUCUGUCGUCAGUCAAGUUGGAGAGGAGCAAAGAGGUUGAAGAGCUCUUACAAAGAAAAAACACGUUUACAAUAUACUCACAGUCUAACUCUUAUAUCCUACAAACAGCCAACGAAAAGGAUUUGGAUGAUUGGUGGCGCAAAAUAAACCCAUUACAGUUUACUUGA